UCCAUCAUGAUCAUUUGUGUACUGCAUCGUCCGUAAAUUAUGAGAAAAUAAUACAAUAUAAUAUAACAUAACUAUUGAUUUUUAAUAAUAAAUAAAAAUGAAUUCCAUUAAAAAUGUAUAAUUCCAAGAAUAUAAAUAAGAAGAUAAACCAUCCGAUGACGUAAAUACUCGAUAGGAGGAUUGGUUUUUUUCACCAGAAAAAUACCGGUUUCUAGAGUUCCACAAACUCCUUGAAACCAUCACCAUGGAGUCGCCAGCCCUGAAGGACGUGCCCCUCCCGGAUGACAUCCCCUCAGACACGUCCACCCCUCACUUAAAUGACAGAUCAGAGACCCCAGAUAGCAAUCGAGGCGCCGAUUCAGUAUCUUCAAGCCCCAAGAUCUCGAAGCCAGUGCUUGGCAAGGCCCAGGCAAAAAAGAGACUGAUGGCUUUUGCCAAAUUCAACGUGUCCGUUAAACAAGCCCUAGAAAAAUCAAAGGAGAAACUUCAGUCAAGCCUCUCUAAAGAAUCACACCAGAAGUCGAAAUCAGAGGUCCCUAAAGGGUCGGGAAACCCAGAGCACCCACUGGAUCAUCCUGCUGACUCAGAGGACGACCAAAAAUCCCAGGUCUCGAUAAAAAAAUCGAAAAAACAUUCCGAGAGAAAGCUCCCAGCGAUCGAGGAAAUAAUUCAAGAGGAGUCACGACAGAAGCAGAUAAUAGCUGGUGAAAUUAUUGACAAAGCCUCGACACUUAAUAAAUUCCCUUCUAGACUCCAAAAUGAUCCCCGAGGGCGUGACUCUGGCCACAGAUCUAGAGAGAAUCGUUCCAGAAGCGGUUGGGAGGACUCCAGAAGGUACAACCCUCGAUUCAACGACAAAAAAUCUUCCCACAGAAACUUUUUCGGAUCCUCAGAUUCUUCGAGAAGACGAAGAACUCCGGAAAAAGAUCGAGGCAGAAGCAAGCGAGAGAGACGUCGAAGUUUUUCUCAAGAUGAUCAACAUCCAAAGCCCAAAGACACGGAGUGUCCCAAAAAUCCAGAGCCCUCAGCACAAGAAAUCGAUCUUAUAAAAAGAGACAGAAGGUCAGCCAAUAGUAGCAGAAGUCUCUCAGAGACGGAGAGCAAUUGGAGAUCAUUCAAGUCCCAGGGGAACGUCAUCAGAAGUAAUAUACCAUUUGACGACUCCUUAAGUUUUGCUGGAGUUGAUCUAAAAUCGAAAAAUCCUCAGGAGUACAAGAAUCAUUUUGACCAUAUGCUCAUGGUGGGUGAUUGCAAGUCCCCCCGAAAUUCAGUACUCAUCAAUGGCAUUGACAGUUGCGUGAAGGAAUAUCCGCCUGAGUCCAUCAGGAUCACCAAGAAGUGCAAGGGAAUGUUCUACUCCGAGAAUCCCAAUAUUUCCUUAUUUUUCAGUAAAAGCAAAUUAUCACAGGUAUUGCCUCCUGAGAGAUAUAGGAUCAUGAGAGAAAUCAGUGAUGGUGAAUGCAAGAAUCUGGAAACUUAUGAGGCCCCAGUCAUCAGACAUUGGUACAAGAAAUUUGACAGUAAUGGAAAACUGGAGAUUUUGAGAAUUCCUGCUUUGAUGGAUAUUGUCCCUCAGGUGAGUUUUCCUCCCAAGUCUAGAUGGGAGGAGGAAGAAGAAUCGAAACGUCAGGAGGACCAUCUUCUUCAGGAGUAUGUCGAGGAAGUGCUUGACAAAGCUGUUGAGAGGGUAACAACACCUGAGAAAGAAAAAAUCGCUGAUGUUAUGGAAGAAGGGGAGAUUGAGGAAGAGGUUGAUGAAGAAAUGACUGGUGGACUAGUUUCUGAGUACGAGGAGUUCAUGAAGAUGGUGAGCACUGAGCCUGAGACUUCUCCAAAAGAUUCAUCGUUGUCUCAAGAGAUGUCCAGUGUCAAAGAGUCGAGGGAUAUCGUGAAAACUGCUGUAUACACGUCUAAGGAAAUUGAGAAAAUGGAAAAAAUUGAAGAAGACCAUCACGAAUUACCUUUUGAGGAUUCUGAAGGAAAGAAAAUAACUCUUCCAAAGGGAGAAACAAUGAAAAUUUCAGCAAAUAUGACAGUUGAAGGGGAACAACUUCUGAAGUCUCCAGAAACUCCAAGAAUGAAGGAAUUUAAGAGUCACGGUGUCGAAACAAAAUCCCACAAGAAGUCCUCGAAGAAAAAGACAGCAACAUCGACAGAGACAAGUGACUCUUCGAGUUCGGAUUCAGAGUACGAAAGGCGCAAGCGAAAACGGAAGAGGCAAAGAAAAAAGAGGCGAUCGAGGGAUUCCAGCAGCUCCAGCAGCACUAGUGAUGAUUCCAGCAGUGAAGACAGUCCCAGAAGGCGAAGAAAGACCUUUAAAAAACAAAGGAAACACAAGAAGCUGAAACUGCGAAGAAAGAAAUCGAGGAGAGACUCAUCGGAUUCUGACUCCAGUAGUUCACCAGAAAGAUCACUCAAACGGAAGAGGAAGAAGAAGAAAGUCGUCAAGCGUUCAAAGACUUCCAACCGAGAAGACUCGAGAUCGUCAGAGACGCAAAAACUUCAGAAGAUAAAAAAAGAAAUAGAAGAAGAAGACAUGCCCCUGGAGAAAAAUUCUAUUUCAAUUACCACCGAGACUUCGCAUGAAACUGAGCCUCAAUACAUCCAAGACAUUGUUAUUAAAAUAGAAAAGGACAAAACUCCAAGUGUUUCCGAACAAGAGGAUGGCGAAAUAAAUGAGGAAAUCGACGAGAAUCAGAUGGAAUCAUCAGAAUUUCAACUUGAAAAGGAUCAAAUUCAUGAACAAGAGAUGACAGAUCCAGAGAAAAUAGCUUUAAUUCCGAUUCCCGAAGGAGCCCAUCCUCUAGAAGCUUUAAGGCCUGAAGAAAUCCCUUUGCCAUCGGCUCCAGAGCCUUCCAGAGACAUUCACCUUCCCCCAGAUGACACCCUGGAAGAGGAACUCUUGGAGAAGAAACGAGAGAUCGAACUCGAGCUACUGAGAACCCGAAAAUCUCCGAAUAGACACAAAAAACGACGAAGUGUAUCGACGAGCAGUACUUCAUCUUCCACCAGCUCCAGUAGCUAUUCCUCAUCCUCUAGCAGUGUCGGGGAAUCUGCGACAGAAAAGAAUAAGAGUCACAGCAAGAAAUCCCACAGUCGAAGAAAAUCCUCGGAGAGGGUCAAGAAACCCAGGAAAUACUUGACGGAAUUUGACUUUGAUUUUCCUUCUCUGACGCAGCUUGAGCAGGGGAGAGGUACAUUGAUAGACGACUGGGAGGUCGACUCCAUGGAGGCUGUCAACGACCUCUUGAAAGAUAAAUCGAAGAAACACAGGAAGAUCGAGAAGGAAGUGAAGUAUGACGAAAAAACUGAUACUUAUAUUGCUGUUGAGAAGGAAAUGAUCAAAGAGAAUAAGAAGAAACUGAGUGGAAGGGUUUGUCUGAGGAUCUGGGAGGAUGAGGAGGAGGAGGGAGAACGAGAGGCUUUGCUCAUGGAGACGGUAAAUCCUGGCAAGAAGUCAGCCGACGCUGCGGUUAUUGGGACUGUAGAAACGUCUCUUGCUGAUCUGAAGACGAAAGAAACAAUAAAAUCUAAUGAGCGAAUGGAUAAAUCUGAGGAGAGAGAGGAUACGCUGCUCGGUACACUUCAGGAUCUUUUCACAGUUAAGGAAAAGUCUGCAGGAGUGAGGAAGGCCGAAUGGGAGAGCAAGUCUUCAGAAUUAUCUAUCGCUACGGAUCCUCCCACUCCAGAAGGUCCACUGGUUCCUGUCAAUUGGGAGGAAGAGGAGGAAUGGACGAGUUCGUUGAACCUUGUUGAUGUCAGACCAGUGCCUCCAGCCACUUCUGAAUCAAAACUCGAGCCUCUGAGUUUUAAACCUGAACUUAAGACUGUAAUCGAGAAAAUUGGAGAUCUUCCUGAAGAAAAGGACCAUCUUUACAGUCCAAGUUCUCCAGCUGAUUCUCACAAAUCUGAACCUGCAGAUGAUAUUUCAGAGUCUAGUGAAUCAACUUCCGAGACGUCCUCGUCAGAGUCAUCGUCAGAACCUCCUGAUUCACCUAAAACUGAACCAAUCAAAGAUCAAGUAUCUCGAAUUCACGAAAUUGAAUCGUCCACUCCUCCUUUAGUUCUUUCACCCAAAACUGAUGACUUCCUUCUGGGAAAAUCACCAGAAGACCCUUCCAAGAAUGUUCUCCAUCAGCUCAAACAGGAUAUGUUCUCGAAGUUACGAGAUCAGGAAUUCGAUAAAAUUCAGAAAGAUUCGGAAGCCAGUGUGGCACUCAAAAAGUCCCCAAAAAUGUCAUCAGAAGGAGGAGAAAGAUUGACUCCAAGGGUAUCACCAGUGGAGUCUCUUUUAAAAACAAAAGAAGUAUUCAUGAAUACAUUUGUCGAAAUCACUCCCCAAACAUCACGAUCGUCGACAACUCCAGAUCGUCGUAAAAUAUCACCUAGAGAUUCAGAUAAAGCAAAACCUAGAAUUUCUGAGGAGAGAACGAGUAACUCCAGCCACAGGAGUAAUAAAAGUUCCGUGAAAGAGCCAGAGAAGUUAAAAACGGAGGAACGAAGUCGUAGAGACUGUUCACUCUCACCGAGGAGAAGAUCUCCAGACAGAAGACAUUCAGAAAAAAGGCGGUCGCCCUCUUGGAAGAGAAGACAUAGCAGGAGUAGAUCGAGAAGCUGGUCCAGGAGUCGAAGCAGAAGUCCUAGCAGGAGAGAUAGACAGAGGAGGUUUAAACAUGCGGGAGAAGGUCGAGAGAGGUACAGCCCUGGAAGACUACGGGGGAGGGAGAGGAGAGAGAGGGACUGGAGUUUGGAGAAGUCUUCGGAUAAGACUUAUGAUCCUCUGGAGAUCUUCAGAGGGAGUAAAAGGUUCGCGGAGACAAGAAGGGUAGAAGCUCCGAGGGAGGCAGGUAACUCUCAAGAUGUUUAUGACAUCCGACCUCUGCUGGAAUUGACUUUCGACGACAGGGAUUUCCAGAGGGAGAGUCUCGACAGAGAAAUGAACGAAGAGCCAGUCAUUCCAUCCUUGUGUCCUGAACUCGAGCUCAAGUGCAGGAAUCAGAGGGAAUGGGAUCAUCGAGAGAGUGAGAGGGUGAGAAGAAGGUCACCAGGAAGGAGAUCCCCAUUGAGAAGGUCUCCAGUCGGAAGAUCGCCUGGCCGAAGGUCUCCAGGAAGACGAUCUCCGGGGAGAAGAUCUCCAGGUAGAAGAUCCCCAGGGAGAAGAUCCCCUGGAAGGAGAUCGCCAGUGAGGAGAUCACCAGAGAGAAGAAGGGAAAGAGAGAGGAAAAGAUCGCCUAGGAGGGAAAGGGAAAGGGAAAGAGAUAAAUUCGUGCCCAGGUCGGGAUCGAGGUCCUGGACGAAAUCUAGAUCGAGGAGUCCUAUAAGAUCGAGAAGUCCUCUGAGAUCGAGAAGUAGGGACAGAUCAGCAUCGCGGGAGAGAUCGAGGUCGAGUCGACAGAGUUUGGAGAGGACUAGAAGAAGAUCGAGAUCCAGAUCACUGUCUCCACGGAGACGAAGACGUGAAGAGAGAUUCAGAAGUUCCAGUGGGGAUAGGGGGAGAAAAAUAGAGACGAUUGUACAUCCUCCAGGAAUGAAUCCUCCGGCACCGGAGGAAGGUGGGGUGAUGGCAAAUGAGGGUCUCCAGGCCGCUAAUUUCAGGUAUCAACCCGACCAAGACUUUGCGUACUUCCCCAGCAAUAAUCUUACUUACCCUCCAAGAGUAGAAGACUCUUCAGGCUCUCCAAAACGUCUGUCUCUUGACGAUCGUCUGGAACUUGAACUUGGAAUAAAAAAAUCCCAGGAGAUUCCAGCAUACAGGGCUGCAAUUUAUCCCCACAUGAUGGCUGCCGGAUCAAUUCCACUGCCACCGCAUCCAGGACCUGUAGCUUUUCACCGACCUCCAACAGUUUUACAAGUGGGUAAUGUUCUUCAAGUGGUACCCAGGGACUAUCAGCCUGCUGGAGUACCCCCAGUCAAUCGUUCGGACAUUCCUCCUUCACCAGUACCAUCAGCUGCCAACGGCAACCGAGUCCUCAGGGUUGGCAAUGUUCUCCAGGUGGUGCCGACGACCAACCUAGACUGGACUGCCACUGGACCCACUCCUGUUGGCAUGGACAGACCACCUCCAGUAUAUCCCACUCCUCCAGUUGCUAGUGUCCCAUCAUCCCCUCAUCCUCUUCCUGUCCCUCUCCCCCAAGUAUCGACUCCUACUCCUCUACCUAGAUUGACCGUCCCUAAGCCACCACCUGUACCUCAACCUGUUUAUAAUUACGAAGCGAUUAUAGAAGCCAGGAAGAAGGAGAAGGAUGAGAGGCGAAAAUUGAGAGCUGAGAAGAGGAAUGAGAAGGAGAACAGGAGAAUAAUAAGGAUGAGGAAGAGGGCUGAAAAGAUUCUCGAUAAAGUUUCUCGAGGUAAUGAGACUGUAGAAGAGACGUCUGAGAUUUCAGAGGAUGUGAGCAAGCUGAUUGAUGAGGAAGAGGAAGAGAGUGUUGCAGGAACGUUCAUUGAAGCUACUGGAGAUGUGAAAGAGUUUGGAGGGGAUUAUGAUGAGGACGAGGAGGUGGAUCUUGAGGGAGAUGUCGAUGAAGAUGAUGAGGAGGAUGAGAUUGAGGAGAGUGAGGAGGAGCAGGAGGACGAAGAGAGCAAGUUGAUACCAGCACUGGGGGACCUGAAGGAGUGCAAAAGCAAAGUCGAUGUUGAAGGGGAUCUUGGCGUUCUUCCUGCUCCGAAGAAGGGAAUUCUGGUUCCUCCUGGACAGUGGGCGAAUCGAUUGCUCAAUGGAGAUGCUGAGGAGGAGGCGGAGAAAAUUGAUGCACCUGAGGUUUCGGUCGAAGGACAGGGAGAGAUUCGCUGUGAGGCACUUGGCGAUAACGAAGUGAGGGAGGAGAGGGAGGAAAGGGAGAAGAAAUUGAGGACAAGAAGGGCGAGAAGGAAGGCUGUGCAAUUCGCUGAUGGAGUGAAACCUGGGGAGGGGACAAGUCCCAGUGGUGGUGAGGGAGACAUGCCCUCACCUCCGCCACCUGCUUCAGCAUCAAUUAAUGAUCCUGUUAGGGAAAUGGUGAAGAAGAGGAUGAGAAAAAGGGAGAGGAAAAAACCGAAGAGGGUUAAGGCGCCCAAGACUAAGAAGAAGGUGAAGGUGAAGAUAAUCAAAUUGAAAAAACCAAGAAUAACACCUCUGACAGCCUUGAUGUUGGACGAUUCAGACGAGAUGGACGAUCGAUCACCUCCUCCACCACCUUCAGGCUCACCACCUCCUCCUCAUCUGUGGCCAAGUUAUUUGGCUGCUUACAGUGCAACUCUUAAGACAGUGGAACCUGAUGUGUCACCUCCAAGUGCAACACAGUCUACACCACCUCCCACCCCCUUACCCCUUCUUGUACCGCCCCCUCCACUCAAUUACACCAUUCAACCCCUCAACAAAGCUUGAAGGAAUUGUUGAGGUUUACCUAGACUAACAUUCACUCUGGAUGUUUUAAGAUUAAAAGAUGUAUAUAGAGUAUUUUUAAUUGUUUUUAUUCCGUUCUGUAUAUCCUAAUAUGACAUUCUGUCUAUCACUUAUCUAUUUUUUGUAUGACAGAAAUGAUUUUCAUUGAUUAAACGUGUUAGGAACUUGUUGUGUUGAAACCUCACGAUGAUUUCAAUAAAAUGUACGACUUUUAUCAAAUUUUUCCACAUUUAUUGUUUUGUAUUUUUUGUAU